AUGUCGCAGCAACAGGACGGCGACUUUGGCACCCCUCACGCAGACGGCGACACCCACCAACAUGCCAACACUGUGCACUCGCGCCUGCGGGCGAACAGCUCGAUUAUGCAGCUUAGCAAAAUCCUGGUAGCUAACAGAGGAGAAAUUCCUAUCCGUAUCUUCCGUACUGCACACGAGCUGUCCCUCCAGACAGUGGCAGUGUACAGUCAUGAGGAUCGUCUCUCUAUGCACCGGCAGAAGGCCGAUGAGGCUUACGUUAUUGGCAAGAGAGGAGAGUUCACGCCUGUUGGUGCCUACCUUGCCGGCGAUGCGAUUAUCAAGAUCGCUUUGGAGCACGGUGUGAACAUGAUCCACCCGGGUUAUGGAUUCCUCAGUGAGAACUACGAAUUCGCAAAGGCCGUCGAGGCAGCUGGUAUCAUCUGGGUUGGACCACGACCGCAAACGAUCAACGACCUCGGAGACAAGGUCUCUGCCCGUACGCUCGCAGCGAAGGCAGAGGUCCCGACAGUGCCCGGAACUCCAGGACCAGUGGAGCGAUUCGAGGCCGCAAAGGAGUUCACAGACGAGUACGGUUUCCCUAUCAUCAUCAAGGCGGCAUUCGGUGGUGGAGGCCGUGGUAUGCGUGUAGUCUGGAAGCAGGAGGACCUGAAGGACUCUUUCGAGCGAGCCACUUCCGAGGCCAAGUCAGCUUUCGGCAAUGGCACAGUCUUUAUCGAGCGAUUCCUCUACCGACCAAAGCACAUUGAAGUCCAGCUUCUUGGAGACUCCUACGGCAACGUGGUCCACUUGUACGAGCGUGACUGCUCGGUUCAGCGAAGACAUCAAAAGGUUGUAGAGUUGGCACCUGCCAAGGAUCUGCCACAAGAGACGAGAGAUGCGAUCCUUAACGAUGCAGUCAGACUUGCGAAGAACGCCAACUACCGCAAUGCUGGUACUGCUGAGUUCUUGGUCGACCAGGACAAUCGCCAUUACUUCAUUGAGAUUAACCCGCGUAUCCAGGUCGAGCACACUAUUACUGAGGAGAUUACUGGAAUCGAUAUUGUGGCUGCCCAAAUCCAGAUUGCAGCUGGUGCCUCUUUGGAGCAGCUUGGUUUGACACAGGACCGAAUCUCGACCCGUGGUUUUGCUAUCCAGUGCCGUAUCACGACUGAGGACCCCGCGAAUGGAUUCAGCCCAGACACUGGAAAGAUUGAGGUCUACCGAAGUGCAGGAGGAAACGGCGUCCGUCUCGAUGGUGGAAAUGGUUUCUCAGGAGCUGUUAUCACUCCAUACUACGACAGCAUGUUGGUCAAGUGCACUUGCCACGGUUCGACCUAUGAGAUCGCCCGCCGCAAGGUGCUUCGAGCACUUGUUGAGUUCCGUAUCCGCGGCCUCAAGACGAACAUCCCCUUCCUCACCUCCCUCCUGACGCACCAGACGUUCAUCGACAGCUCCUGCUGGACGACCUUUAUCGACGAUACACCCGAGCUGUUCAACCUCGUAGGCAGCCAGAACCGUGCUCAGAAGCUCCUUGGCUAUCUCGGCGAGCUUAUCGUCAACGGACCACAAGUCGUUGGCCAGAUCGGCGAAUCCAAGCUCAAGAGCGACGUUGUCAUCCCCGACCUCACAGAUGCCAAGGGCAACAAGGUCGAUGUCAGCAAGCCAUGCGAGACUGGCUGGAGAAAGAUCAUCACAGAGCAAGGCCCAGAUGCCUUUGCAAAGGCAGUCAGAAAGAACAAGGGAUGCUUGAUCAUGGAUACCACAUGGCGUGACGCCCACCAGUCGCUGCUCGCCACGAGAAUGCGAACGAUCGAUCUCCUCAACAUCGCCAAACAGACCAGCCAUGCUCUCAGCAACGCUUGGGCUUUGGAGUGUUGGGGAGGUGCGACUUUCGACGUGGCUAUGCGCUUCUUGUAUGAGGAUCCUUGGGACCGACUUCGUAAGAUGAGGAAGGCUGUACCCAACAUCCCGUUCCAGAUGUUGCUGCGUGGUGCCAAUGGUGUGGCAUAUUCUUCAUUGCCAGACAAUGCCAUCUACCACUUCUGUGAGCAGGCGAAGAAGAAUGGAAUGGAUAUUUUCCGUGUCUUCGACGCGCUCAACGAUAUGGAGCAGCUUGAGGUUGGCAUCAAGGCUGUUCUCAAGGCUGGUGGUGUUGCAGAGGGUACCGUCUGUUAUUCGGGUGAUAUGAUGAACCCGGAGAAGAAGUACAACCUCGAGUACUACAUGAAGUGUGUCGACCGCAUUGUCGGCAUGGGCGCGCACAUUCUGGGCAUCAAGGACAUGGCUGGUGUUCUCAAGCCAAAGGCUGCCACUCUCCUCAUCGGCAGCAUUCGCAAGAAGUACCCCGACCUUCCAAUCCACGUUCACACCCACGACUCUGCUGGUACCGGUGUUGCCUCCAUGGUGGCAUGCGCCCAAGCUGGUGCUGAUGCGGUCGAUGCUGCGACCGACAGCAUGUCUGGAACCACCUCGCAGCCAAGUAUCGGCGCAAUCGUAGCGUCGCUCGAGGGCAGCGAUUUCGAGUCUGGACUGGACGCACAUUAUCUCCGAUCCAUCGACCAGUACUGGGCGCAAGUCCGUAUGCUUUACUCGCCGUUCGAGGCUUGGCUCACUGGACCCGAUCCGGAAGUCUACGAGCACGAGAUUCCAGGUGGCCAGCUUACAAACUUGAUCUUCCAAGCAUCGCAACAAGGUCUUGGAGCGCAGUGGGCACAGACGAAGAAGGCUUACGAACAGGCCAAUGAUCUGCUUGGCGACAUCGUAAAGGUCACACCUACGUCGAAGGUCGUGGGUGAUCUUGCACAGUUCAUGGUCUCGAACCAACUUACCCCAGAGGAUGUUCACGAGAAGGCAGAUCAGCUCGACUUUCCAUCGUCAGUGCUGGAGUUCUUCGAGGGCUUGAUGGGUCAGCCAUACGGCGGCUUCCCAGAACCUCUACGAUCAAAGGCACUCCGCGACCGCAGAAAGAUGGACAAGCGACCAGGUCUCUACUUCGAUCCUAUCAACUUCGACAAGGUCCGCGAGAAGCUCAGGGAAGACUGGGGCGGCUGCUCCGAGACCGACGUGGCCAGCUACGUCAUGUACUCGAAGGUCUUCGAGGACUACAAGAAGUGGACCUCCAAGUAUGGUGACCUCUCAGUGCUCCCAACGAAGAACUUCCUCAACAAGCCAGAAGUUGGCGAGGAAUUCCACGUUGAGCUCGAGAAGGGCAAGAUCAUCAUUUUGAAGCUGCUAGCAGUCGGCCCUCUCAGCGAACAGACUGGCAACCGAGAAGUCUUCUUCGAGACCAACGGCGAGAUGAGACAAGUCACAGUCCAGGAUCAACACGCUUCCGUCGAGAACAAGACAAGACCAAAGGCCGAAGCAGGCGACAGCAGCCAGGUCGGUGCACCAAUGCAAGGUAUGGUCGUCGAAGUUCGCGCGCAAGAGGGACACGAAGUCAACAAGGGCGACCCAAUCGCUAUUCUGUCUGCCAUGAAGAUGGAGAUGGUCAUUUCCGCGCCGCACUCUGGAAAGGUCGAGUCGCUCAGCGUCAAGGAGGGAGACUCUGUCGAUUCGCAGGAUCUUAUCUGCAAGAUUGGCAAGUAA